AUGGCGGCUAAUGGGCUAAUGGCGACAUCGAAUGCGUUUCUUAAUCGCCUUGAAAAUCCCCACUUAUCGUUUUCUUCUAGAACGAGUCAAGUCGCUCUACUCGGUGUCAAAGGCCGUGUUAGUUUCAGUGGCAAAGGGCAACGGUGUUUUCCGGUGGUUUUGUCGAUGAAGACUACGGAGAUUUCAGAGGAAUCCGGAAAGCCCGUUGCGCCUGGUAAAGGCAUAUCAAUCAUGGUAAAUGGAUGCAGUGGCAAAAUGGGGAAAGCUGUGAUCAAAGCGGCGGAUUCUGCAGGAGUGAAUAUUGUUCCUACAUCGUUUGGAUCGGCCGAAGAAGCUGGCCAGAGAGUUGAGGUCUGUGGGAAGGAGAUUCUUGUGCAUGGUCCUACUGAAAGAGAGAAGGUUCUGUCUUCAGUGUUUGAGAAGUAUCCGGAACUGAUUGUCGUCGACUACACAAUUCCUUCUGCAGUAAAUGAUAAUGCCGAGCUGUAUGGUAAAGUAGGAGUUCCGUUCGUCAUGGGAACAACUGGAGGAGACAGGACAAGAUUGUAUAAAACUGUCGAAGAAUCAAAGAUUUAUGCUGUCAUUUCCCCACAGAUGGGUAAACAGGUUGUUGCGUUUCUUGCAGCCAUGGAGAUCAUGUCUGAGCAGUUUCCCGGUGCCUUUACUGGUUAUUCCUUGGAGGUGAUGGAAUCUCAUCAAGCAAGCAAACUGGAUGCAUCUGGUACUGCAAAAGCUGUUAUUUCUUGCUUCCAGAAAUUGGGCGUGUCUUAUGACAUGGACCAGAUACAAUUGAUUCGAGAUCCUAAGGAGCAGAUCGAGAAAGUGGGUGUUCCGGAGGAGCAUAUCUCGGGUCAUGCUUUCCAUCGUUAUCACUUGAGAUCACCAGAUGAAACUGUGUCUUUUGAGUUCCAGCACAAUGUUUGUGGAAGAUCAAUAUACGCUGAGGGUACUGUCGAUGCCGUGCUUUUCCUUGCCAAAAAGAUCCGGUCGAAAGCAGAGAAGCGGAUCUAUAACAUGAUUGAUGUCUUGAGAGAAGGAAAUAUGCGAUGA